AUGCAAUUCUCCAAGCUUCUCAGUGUCGCCGUCGGUCUUUUGGCCACAGUAGAAGCUGUUUCUAUCUAUAAGCCUCGCAUUGCUGCCCGUGGUACCCAGCAAAAAUACAAUUUGAAGCUUGAUACCGUUCAAGUCGCUACACCUAGUUCUGCUUCUGCUAUCAGAAAUAUGAUCAUCCAGGACAUUGUUACUAGAUCUGCUGUUGAUAGCAAGAAUGGAACCACCAUUUUUGAUGAUUCUAUUUCCUUCACCUUCAUUGACCCCAACUCAAAUACCUCGACGGCAUGUAACGAUGACUUCCAAGGCACAGCCACCACUACUCAAUUUCCCACCGGUUGGGUUCCCUGCAAUAACAAUGGCAACUUGAUGGAUGAUUUCUACUGGCAAUUUACUUCGUACCAAUCUCUCACCAGUUUCAACAUCGAGUUAAUUCAUGCUUUUGUUGGUUCCAACAACGCAGGCGAAGUCCUCAGAUCUGCAGAUACACCCAUCACCCUCACCUGCGCUGACGUAAACCAUGUCGACGGAUGUUUCUCCAACCAAGUCAUUUCACUACCAAUUGCCAUUGCCACCGCAUAA